UUCCGUUUCCAAAUUCUUGAACUUUGUUCAAAAGGAAAGAAAUAAUGUAUAUUCAUUAGUUUUAUUUUAUUAGCGACUUGAAAUGGCUUUUUACAUUAAUAUAUGUAGUUUCACAUCAACUUUGUACUUUUAGCUGUAUGCAUUAAAUAACAUCACAAACUUAUUUGUGCCCACAAAAAUUUAGGCUGUAUUAUUUUCGAGUCAGAGUUCACGGCCGGACCUAUACAGUAAUAAAAAAGUUAGGUGUUGUCAAUGUGGUGGUAAUUUGUAGAGUUGUUUAUUAUUUCUGAAAUAAUAAAAUACAGGAAAUAUUGUAUUAAAUCAUUUUGUUUUACCAAACACAUAUCACAUUCCAUUAGAAUACGUUAUAACCGCUUUAGGUUUUACGUUUUCGUGAUAAGAAAAAGCCAAUUUAUUUCGUUGCCUCCGACUCCGAAGGUGCUUGGACUAGAUGGCGUCUUGGAGCACCAAAUGGCGGUGGAACACAGGCUACAGUGCGGACUCCGUCGAGUGGUGCCCUGUGGAGCCCUACCGAGAUGUGCUGGUGUGCGGCACUUAUCAGCUCGAGAAAAAAGACGAAGAUCAGCAAACGAGUAAACAAACAAGACUUGGUAGGAUCUACCUCUUCCAAAUCAACCAAGACACGGUCGAUUUGUGUCCCGUCCAAACUGUCGACACCGCCGGCAUACUAGACCAAAAAUGGUGCUAUCAUACCAUUCAAGACCACCCGGUGCUCGCAGUUGUUACCUCAGAAGGGUCCAUCCAGCUAUACCAACUGUAUGAAAACGAUGGUUACAAUUUAAAGCUGUGGCUCGAAGAUUCGAUUGGCCAAGACGUUUUGGCGUUGUCUCUUGAUUGGUCGACGAACAAGAAGUCGGGCGAGCCAAUGAUUGUUGUGAGUGGUUCUGCGGGUGAUGUGACUGUUUUUAAGAUUGUUGGGAGCGGUUUGAUGAGGGUUGGGACGUGGAAGAGUCACGGUUUUGAAGCGUGGAUAGCUGCGUUCAAUUAUUGGAGCCCUGGCGUGUUUUAUUCAGGUGGAGAUGAUUGUGUAUUCAAAAGCUACGACGUCAGGGUUCCUGACGUGGCAGUAAUGACGAACCGCAGCCACGAAGCAGGAGUUACCUCCAUCAGGAGUCAUCUAGACGUUGAACAUCAGCUUAUCACUGGCAGUUACGACGAAAAAGUACGUCUCUGGGACACCAGGACCCUAAAGCGCUGCUUGACCGACACCGCAGUGAACGGCGGUGUUUGGAGGCUCAAGUAUCAUCCCCGCAGCCCUACCAAUGUGCUAGCGGCCUGCAUGUAUGGGGGCUUCAGAGUUCUAGGUGUGACAGACUCCAUCUCCGUGCUUUGUGAAUACAUGGAACAUGAGAGCAUAGCGUACGGAGCAGACUGGAAGUUUGACGACUCUGGAACAGUGGCCACUUGUUCUUUCUAUGAUUGCAGCAUGCAUGUAGGACAGGUUGAUCUUGAGAACUAAUUUUUAAUACUGGCUUUAGAUCGCUUUUUAGGGUUAUCCCCACUAGUUACCAGUGGUA